CAUUUCGGGAAGAAGGGGAAGUCUCCGUCCUGGCGUCGGGCAACGUACUUCCGAGCGCGGGGUGUCGUUGCUGGGUGGCGGGAGUUUUGAGCCCGUUCGAGGCGAGUUAACUGCUGAGCGAUCGCGGUGAGUUUUGGCAGGCUCGCCUGGCAAGUCCUGAAGCUGGCUGCGUCUAGAGGGAGACUGGACCACUCCCUUCUAAGGGCCGCUGCCUCCCCUCCUGAUUCGGGGCUCCGCGCCGGCCUCCUGGCUUUCCCACCCGUAAGGACAGAUAGCGCCCGGGGAGGCCAAUCUGGUCGUCUCAGCGGCUUCGAAAGGCGGCCAUAAAAACAAGAGCGAAGCGGUGGUGGGAGAGCCUACGUUCGUUCGCCUCAACGGUUCCGAAGGCACCUGAGGAAGUUGUCCCAAUUCUAGAACUGAGGAAGAAACUCUUCUGGGUUUGGGUAUUUUGGCAGGUGGGGGCUUGGGUUUUUUUUUUUAAGGAAUCAAAAGUUGAAAAUGGGAGAAGUUGCAAUUUCCUUUCCAGAUGGUACAUUAUCUCUUCUGGAAAAGUUGGAGGCUUCUGCCCACAAAGUAGCACUGAAACGAGGGAAAAUAAAGGAGCAUGAAGAGAAGGUAUUAAAGAUGAAAAUGAAGAUCCAGGAGCUGAGACGUCAGAGAGAUGAGUUAAAAACCAAACUAAAUGUGUGUCAAUCACAGCUCAUUGCAGGCAAAGAUGCCAUGAAAAGCAGUCGGCAAGUUUCUGAGGCUACAGAGACAAGCCAACAGGCCAUCUUAAAGGGGAAGAUAGAGAAUGCCAAGGGCUUGCUAGAACUUUUUCGUCUGACAGGCCUAAGUGGGAAAUUGACAGAGCAAGGAAUCUCCCUAUGCAUUAACACUGCCUUUGAAGGAACUUACCUAGAUUCCUAUUAUUUAGACAUCCUUAUACAACAGCCAAUCCAGAUUCGACACCAUUCAGUCCCAGCUUUCAUACCUCUGGAGCAAAUAGCUCAUGAGCAUUUGCAGAAAGACAUCAAGCGCUUCCUGUCUGUACUCUCAGAUCACCUGAAUGCUUACGCUAGGAGGAAAUUUCAGGCAGACCAAUUACAGGAACAUUUUGCUGUUUUUUUUAAAGGAUGCAUGAAAGGAAAUUCCUUAUACACUCAGUUGGAAUUUAACUACCGUGUGACAGAAGGUGGGAAUUUUCCAUUUACAGCAAAGAUUACUUAUGGAAAUCCCAUGAAUGCCCUCCCAACCAAGGUCACUGUUGUAUGUAAAGGUGAGAAGCAAUAGGUUGUGUUUGAUAAUGGAAUAGAUUAUUUAAGUGAAGAAUCCUUUGAGUUCAGCUCAACUCUUAUAGGUACGUGCAGAUCAGAAGCAGCAGUUGGUGUUGGUGGAUGGGAGCUGCUGCUGGCCAUGGGCCCAGCACUGGCUUCCACUAGGUUUCUGAGUGCAGUUCAAAGUGCUAUUCUUUACCUAUAAAACCCCAUAUGAUUGGAGGAUGUUAACAUCACUCCCUUGUCAUGGACAGAUCACUCCUUCUUGACCCUAGAGAUCUCUGUAGCUGUCCCCCUCUGCAGGGAGGUGAGGGCUGUUCAGCCCAUGCCAGGCAAUUGAUGGAGCCACUAGGGUUUCAGGGGGAGCUUGGAAUUAUUCCUGAUGCUCUGGGGCAUGAUCUUGCUGAAGUCUUGGUCAUGGCUUGGAAUAUGAUGAGGGCCUUAGACCAGGUCGCACUUGUGCAGAGUCUCUGUGAUUGUGGAUCCCGUGGAGCUUCCUGCUUUACAGAGCAGCUCUGGAAGAUAAAGUGAUACAAGAGAUGCCUAGAGCACUGCUGCAGGAAGAUUAGGAGCAAAGCCAACUGAGCAAAGAUGAGAUUUUAGGACUUGGCUUGUGGCAGUAAGAGCAGCAAAGAAGACUUACUUCUCUGUUCUUAUAUCCACAGGUAGCUGGCCAACGGCCCCGUUUUGAGUGACCUGGUCCAGACCAGGUCUGCUGUGAGAACUAUUCUAGAUAUCUGUUGGAUAAAGUUGCUCGGUUUCGCUCUGAUUUGGACUCUGGCUGGACAGGUCUUAUGGAGGUGCCUGAGGCACAUCUUAGCCUGGUUACCUGGGAAGAGGUUGAGCCGGUCAGGUUAUAGUACUGAGACAGCAUUGGUUGCAUUUGUGGAUGACCUUUAGAGUGCUUGGGAUGGGGCUGGUAUGUCCAUCCUUAUACUCCUGGAUCUCUUGGCGGCUUUCAGUACCAUUGGCCAUGGUAUCCUUCUGGACUGGUUCUGGACAUUAGGAGUGGCAGACGCUGUUUUGCAGUGGUUCUCCUAGAACCUAGAAAAGCUGUGUUUUUCUAUGAUGAUCCUUGCCCUAUGAAAUAAUCCCCAUCCUAAGGCCAGGUCUGCACUGACCAUGAUGGUCUUUCCAAAGGCAAGUUAAAACAGAUAUUCCAGAGAGCUUUUAGGGGAUGAGAAAAGUGGAUGCUCUUGGCUUUGUAUGGUUAUUGUUUUAUCAGUUAUAUGCUGUUUAUUAUUGUGUGUUAUUCUGUUUUUAUGUUUUAUAUUGUUAACUUCUGGGACUCUGUUAUGUGAUAUAUACACAUAAUAUACAAACUUGUUAAAUAGUAAAAUAAAGGAAUUAAUGGAAUAUAAUUCAAUGAAGCAUGUUGUUUAUUGAUAUGAUUUAUAUCCUGCUUUUCUAUCCAAGCAUUCAAGGUAGCUAAUAACAAAAAGUGAAAUACAAAUUGGCAUUUAAAUUUUUAUUAGCCUUUCCAACAGCUUCUUUUUUAUAGAAAAUUGGUAAGAAAUUAUGUCUUCAUAUGUCUUCAACCAUUUUUCAAUGGUUCUCAAUUUCAGUGGCACAAUUUCAGAGAACUGGUAGGCUGAAGAAAAAGGUUGAUAAUAUGGGGAACUUUCAAGCUGUUGUGAUCGUCUUUGGUCUUCAUGAAGCAUUCACAUUCAGAAAUAAAGUGCGAUUUACUUAGAAUCAUAGGAUGGAAGGGCUAGUUAGAUCAAUGAGUCCAAAUCAAUAAUAGGGAUCAAACUUUUUUUAUGAUAUAUUUUGGAAUCUUCCCAGAUAUUGAUGUCAAAUCAAUUUUUCUGUAGUUCCCUGAUCCUUCCUUUUUCUCCUUUGUGAAGAUACGGACACUUGCCCUCCUCCAGUCAUCUGGCAUCUCACUAGUUCUCCGGGAUUUUUCAAAGACAAUAUGUAAAUAAGUUUAACAAGACUAUCAGCAAGUUCUUUCAGCACCACUGAAUUGAAUUAAUCUGGCCCUGGAGUUUUAUACUCAAAGUAAGCAGGUAUUCAGGGACUAUAUUCCUAUCAGUCUCAUGCUUCAAUCCUGCUUUUCCAUCUCUUUUCACAGUUGCCUAGUGGAACAUGUACCAGCUUGUGGGAGAAGUCAAAGCCAAAUUAGGAACUUGAUAGCUCUGCCUUGUUGUUGUUACUGAUUAGCAUUUUGCCAUUUUCAUUGAGCAACUGAAUACUGAUUAUUUUCUCUUCCUUUUAUUUUGAACAUAACUAAAGAAUCCCACUAGUCUUAAAAUCAUUCAGCAACCUCUGCUUGUUCUGAGUUUUAGUUUUCCGGCUUUCAUGUUUACAGUUUGGGCUGGCUGUAUGCACUCUGGUGACAUGUCCCCCUUUCCAAGACAUACAAUCCAAGAUACUCAUUCAGUGACACUUAGCUUUAGUUACCCUUAAAAUCAAGAAUUCUAACAUUAGAUGGUUAUGUCUCCCAAUAUCCCUGCCACUUACAAUUUCUUAACUAAGUCUUCUCUAUUGAUUAAUAUCAAGUUGGCACUAGCUGAUCCUCUCACUGAAGAAAAGAUUAUCAGCAACACAAGCUAAGAAUCUUCUGGAAGAACCACGCUUGGCACAGUUUGUUUCCCAGCAGAUGCUUGAGUAUUUAAGUCCCCUCAUCACUUUCAUGUUCCUUUGAAAGAUCUGCAAUUUCCUUUUGGAAAGCAUCACCAACAUCUUGAGUGGUAAGGCAAUAGGAGGCAAUUUUACAUCAGAUAUGCUCUACAAUAUCUGCAACCUCAUUCACUUAUUUUUGAACAUGAAUGCAUAUUUUUAACAUACAGAACAAUUCCUCCUCCCUUUGCAUAGCUUCUGUGUCUUUUC